AUGCCGUCUCUACGAAAUAUCACGUGUCAGGUGGUGUGGCCUGAAGGCACCCCAUUCAAGGAAGUAGCAACGACAUAUGGAGACGGUAUCGUUGAGACCUUCAUACCUAUCCCAGCCAGCAAGCCGCAGAAGUUCUCGAUUCGUGUCAGAUCCAAAGGUUACAUUUACGACGGUCUGGCUGUGAUCGUCUUCAUCGACGGGGUCUAUCAGUGCAACCGUAACCGCAUCAAUUUGGUUCGCCCUAAGAAGGGACAACCUGUCAAGCGCACCGAGAUCGACUUUCGACUCCGUCAGGAAGAAAAGAAGCUGGACAAAAGGGAGUACUUUCUGGGCAGCGACUGGAGAUUCGACGACUACAAUACAGUGGGCGAUCUGAACAACGAUGUAACCGAACAGGCGUUCCAAGGACUGGGUACGAUCGACGUGGUUGUCUUGCGGUGCUGCCCUCGCCCUGCUGAUGCAGCUGCGCCUGAUGACUAUGCAUCGGGUGCCGAAAGCGACGUCCUGGGCAAUAAGCUCACCGAAGAUGACUUUCCACCUCCAACAGCCGCAAAGCCAGCUAAAGACAGCGGUGCAGCUAGUCGUGAGAAAGGGAGUAAAUGUAAACCUGCAGGUGGGGGCGAUAAGGGUGGUAAGGGAAAAGAUGAAGCUGGAGGGCAAAAGACCGAUAAAGGCAGCAAACGCGGCGAAGAAAAGCCCAAGCCCGCGCCCACUGGUGAAGCGUUUUCUGAUUCAGAUUCAGACAACGACGAUACAAGCAUUCCAGCAGUAGACGGACCGGCCGAUCGCAUGCAUCGACACGACGACUUCUACCACAAUCCUCAUUGGCCUGGUCCAGCACACUCAGAUCGAUAUGGUUACUACGACCAGCCUCCUCAUCCAAGAUCGCCGCCACCUCACAGCGAAAAACACGUCCACUUCGACUAUGGCCAGCUCCCCGAGUAUCCGGCACCUCCCGACCAGCGGUAUUCUGAUCAUGGCGAUUUGCCGCACAGAUCUCACUACACUCGUGGACUGUCACAGCACGCCGGCUAUGGCUACGAAGCAAAUCCCGGAUAUGACGCUCGGCACCGCUAUCCGCCUCAUCCGGCUGUUCACUGCUCCUAUACUCCACCAGGUGGUGUUCAAUCAGCUCAUCCGCGUAUACCGCUUCCAGUACCACCUUAUGGCUAUCCGUCUCAGGCAGGUGUGCCACGUCAUCCGAAUCGCGCCUGGUGGAGUCAGCAAGGACAGCAUAUGGGCUAUGGUGGGCCACAUCAGCAUGGCCAGCAAAGUCACCAAUCUCCAAGCCAGCAGAAUAGUUGGGUUUGGGACCAAACUGCUAUGAAGUGGGUGCCGGCUGCUGAGCCUCCGACUACGGAACACUACAACGGCUGGAGUUGGGACCAAACCAAGCAAGCCUGGGUUGCGAGCUCAUCUAGCGAACGCAGUCAGGUCGAUCCUUCGAAGUCGAAGGGCGUCGGCGAGAAAACCGGCGAUCCAGGCAACAACUAUUCGAACACGAGCAGCACGAACGAUAACAAUGGCACUAACUCUGGCUGGGGCAACAACGACUCAAGUAAAAACACAGCUUGGAGUAAAAACAAUGAAGAUAAGGCAGAUGACGAUGGCAACAAGAGCAGCGACAGCUGGAAUCAAGACAACAAUGGUAAUACUAGUUGGGGCUCCGACAACAAAGACAGCAACACGGCCAACGAUGCGAACAGCGGCUGGGAAACAGCUGGCAGCGGAGGCUGGGGCGACGACAAGAAGGAUGAGCCCAGUGGUGGUGGUAGUAGUAAUAAUACUCAGGAUGAUUGGGGAAACAGAAGUAUGCAGUCCACUCAAAACGAUACGAGCCAUCAAGGUGGAGCUGCCACUUCGACGGAAGAGGCUCCACGUACCUAUCAUGGCCCGUACGGCGCGUACCACGGUCCCAAGCUCGCUGUAGAGCCCUACGGAGAUCUGCCAUGGAUCGCCGACGAGCCACCUCGCUACGACAUUCCAGACUCGAUCGCCAAAUCUAUCGGACUAUCAAAGCAGGUUCAACGAGGCAGAGGCUACAACUACUACAAACGCCACCGCAAGCCCAUCUACAUUGACACAAUCGAAGAACCAUAUGCUCGAUUCGUCUUCAAAUACCGGACUCGUGACAAACUCCCGCGAGGCUUCGAUCAGCAGGAAGGCCUAGAACCCACGCCAGACGCCAUCACCCAGGGCCUUCAAGACCAGAAGAAGGAAGACCUCAUCGCCGAGCUCCAGCGCUGGAGAAUGGCGUACGGUGACAAGGCUCCGAAGGCGACGUUCGACUCUACGAAGAUCGGGGGUCGAUCCGAGGACAUCCAGGCCUGGAAUGCCGACCCACCCGCCAGAAGCUACAUCAAGUACAGCCUGCCAGGACAUUUCCCUGCCGAUGAGUCGAACAGUAAAACCAAUACCGCUGGCGGCGCUAACGGCAGUAUGAAUGGUGACACGGGCAGUGCCAAUGACAACUGGUCGAGCAACAACAAUACGACCAGCAGCGGUAAUGGCACAACCGACGGCAAUGAUUGCUCUACUGGCAACAGUGGCAGUAGUUGGGAUAGCCAGCCUCAGGCUCCUAAGCACGGUUGGUAA